CACUUACGACCGCUCCGUCAGUCUACGGGGCACCAUCCGCAGUCGCGUCACGUACCGAGUUAUCGCGUGUUCUUGCCGCCCGCGUCCGUUGCAGUUUACGCAGUCUCUACAUUUCACCGGCCGGUCUGUUCGCGGAUAUCGUUUUAUUCUGGGUGCUGAUUUUCUCGUCCCCGGUGAGUUGCGCGCGUAUAUCCGGUGCUGCGCGACAGUCGAGUGCACGGCACGACAACAACAUGUUGAUCCACGCGAAUUCGUGAUUCGCCACGCGGUCGGUCCAAAGUAUUAUUCUCGGUCCGGGGGGAGCUUCGUACGAACAUUAUCGCGGUUGCGAUAUACCGUCGGCCGUUUUGUACUACACACCGCCGCCGUAGCGAUCUCCACGACUACCCCUUAUCAACUCGCGUGAUGUGCACGCGGUCACCGGUGCAAGCACAGUUUUCGUACAGCUAAAUACGUACGUCGACGCGAAAUAUCUACCGGGUGUCCGAACCGAAACCUGACGUCGUCGCGAGUUUACGUACCGCGUCGACCAUGAGUAUGAUGAUGACGAGACCGUCCGACUCGACGCCCAUCUGUCGGUGCCGGGUGCUGUACCUGGGCUCCGCGGUGCCGCACAUCACCAAGGACGGGCUGCAGGGCAUACAGGAACCGCUGAAGGAGCUAUACCCGGAGCAGGGGGCGCUGGGCGCGCGAGGCAUCGACUCGUGGCUGAGCGUGUGGAGCAACGGUCUGCUGCUGGAGAACGUGGACGAGAACCACAAGAAGAUCACCAGGUUCUUCCCGAUUGAGUCACUGCACUACUGCGCGGCCGUCAGGUUCGUGCUGGUGCCCGAGAAGUCGAGCAGCUCGUCGCAGCCGAGGUUCCUGCCGCUGGACUCGCCGUUCGCCCGGUCCCCGAACCCCAACCAUCCGCCACUGUUCGCGGCCAUAUUGCGCCGGACGUCCGGCAUCAAAGUGCUGGAGUGCCACACGUUCAUAUGCAAACGCGAGAUGGCCGCCAACGCGUUGGUCCGUUGCUGUUUCCACGCGUACGCUGACUCGUCGUACGCCAAACAGUCGGACGGCGGCGGCGGCGGCGGCGGCGGAGGUACGGCGGCCAACAGCAUAUACGGUACGGUCCGCACGAACAGGUCGAUGGGAAACAACACUAUCGAAAAGGUGGAGGGAUGGAGACGCAUGACCAACGGCGCGGCGGCCGCGGCCGGUAGCACUAUGACUCUGAACAGCGCUCAUUCCAACGGCAUCACCAUGCUGGAGGCUUCGACCAAUUCGAUCGACGAUCUGUCCGAGGAGUGCAAUGGCGACGAGAACCACAAGGUGUGGGUGGGCAGCACUAAAGACGUGUCCGAGAAGGAAGAUCUAUACGGCGGGAACACGAUGCGCAGCUCGCGGUCCAGCAGGCCGCGUCAGCUGGUCGGCGGUGCACCGCCUCCGCCACCGCCACCACCGCCGCCGCCCGUCAGGGACGACAAACAGUCCAAGAAGAACAAGGAGAGACCGCGCCGAAAGCGCACGCCGACCGGCGGAAGUCGCGAGGACCUGUACGCGCCGUCUCUGAACGGGUCGUUGAUGAGACCCAUGAACGGCGGUCGAAGUUCCGUGUCGUUGAACGGUACCAUAGUGAGCCGAGGACCGCCGAGGGGGUUCUUGCAACAGCCGCCGCCGCCGCCGCCGCCCAAUCACAUCUACUCGAACGGCGGCACUAUGAUCAGGCCUGUGAACGGGUACCAUCCGCACCCGCUUCCGCACCACCUUCAUCACCAUCACCCCGGCAUGAUGCAACCGCCGCCGCCGCCGCCCAUCAUGAUGGUACCGACCACGUUGCCGCAUCCCAAGAAAAUGCACAAGAUGAAACCGGGCAUGAUGCCGGUGCCGAGACCCGGCAUGAUACCGGCUAAUUUUAUGCCUGUACCGAUGUACGUGCACACGGGCAAGAAGUCCAAACACGGCAUACCGAUGCCGAUACCGAUGGCCAUGGAAGAACCGAUUUACAUGCCGUCCGCCCGGCCGCUUAGCCCUGUCGCGUCGUAUCAACCGGAGCACUUCCCGCACGAAGCGUACCUGAUGCAGCAAUACGCCAACAACAACAACAACGUGCCGAUGGGCAAGAGCAAGAAAAGCAAAAAGGACAAGAAAUACAAGGACUCGGUCAACGGCGGGGGAAUGGUUCCGAUGAUGCCGCCGCCGAUGGCCGUCAACGGUGGUGGCGGAGGGAUGAUGAUACAGCAGCAGCAGCCUCCGCCGCAGUUGGCGGUGAACGGGCACAGGGUCAACGGGAACGGAAUGAUGUCGGGACACGACGAGACGGAUGACACGGAGGACUCGGUGUACAGCACCGGGAUAUACCGGAGAAAGGGCCACCUGAACGAACGCGCGUUCUCGUACUCGAUUCGGCAGGAGCACCGGUCCCGGUCGUAUGGGUCGCUGGCAAAUUUGAAGUUCGCUGCGCCGCCCAUCGUGCCCAACGGCAUCGACGGGGCUCCGAAUAAGGUAGACAUCAAGAAGGAACGGGAGAUCAUGCAGAUGAUGCAGGACCUGGAGUUAUCCGGCGACGAGCUGGAUCGAGCUGACCAGGUGAUGCACCAGAAACAAAUGCACCAUCACCAGAGGCCCGUGAAAACAAAAAGAUAAACACGCCGUUGCAGGUAAAUAACGAUUUUUUUUAUUUGUUA